AUGGACAAACGGAUUACGCGUUUCGUCAUACCUCUCUGUUGUACAUCAAAUGGAGAUGGGAGUGCUCUCUUUAUUUCUGCUGCUUCUAUGUUUAUUGCAAAGUUUUCGGGGUAUACUCUGACAUUUGGUAAUGUCAUAAUCAUAGGAAUUUUGACGGCUUUUUCAACACUUUCCUUACCAGCAAUGCCGAGUGCUAGUAUUGUGGUUGUAGUUAUGGUACUCUCCGCCAUUAAUAUUCCAGUCCACGAGGUUCCUAUGUUGUUUGCUGUUGAAUGGUUUCUCGACCGCCUCAGAACAGGAGCAAAUGUUGAGAGUCAUUUUGUCUGCGCUGCUAUCACAGAUCAUUUCUGUCGACGAAAAUAUCCAUCAGAGGAGGAAGAUGUCAAAAUCUAUCCAGAACCAGAGAUGGAAAUGAUUGUACAGUCAGAUAAAGAGGAUACUAUCUGCAAUGUUUAAUUUCUUACUAUACCUUCUUCAAACAAAUAGCACUUAUAUCCAGUACUGACUUUAAUAAGAUCUUUGUUUAACCUUUUAAUACAUUCAUAUAUUUAUCAAUAGAUGCUUACUUUGAAUGUGCAGCUGAAAAGAAACACAUAUUACAAUAGUAACAAAAGAAAAACAGGUUUUCUUUCUUCAAAUGUCAAUGAGUGAAUUAUGAGAUAUGAAACAUAUUAUUUUACUGAAAACGUAUACUAAUUUUUUUUUAGGAAUAUGUAUUGUUUAAAAAGAUUUUUUAUAACUAACAAAGCAGUUUUAAA